AUGACGCCCAGUCCCCGUGAAGGAGUCACCCUCCCCAAUAUUGCCAACGCUCGCGCCCGCCUCGCCUACCUCCUCGGCGGCGGCGGCAGUUCAUCCUCCACCAUGGCGGCAGCCUCCGAGGCGACGCACGCACAACACCGAUCGUCGUUCGCACGGUCGGACGUUGCGCCGCCCUGGGUCCCCAGUGGACCCCAUCUUCCAACUCCCCACUUCUCAGAGCAGGUUUGCCAUGUCUUCCCCAUCGCUUGUGUCGGUGAGCCGUCGGGAUCCGCCUCUGCCAUCGUCGCCACCUCGGCGAGAGGAUAUCAUACCCUCAAGAUCGACGGUUACUGGUGCGCCAAGGCGACCCCCACGGGUGAGUUCCUCCAAUCCAGUCAAUUCUUCGUCGGCGGCCAUUGCUGGCGCAUCUACUAUUUCCCCAAUGGCAAGGACUCCGAAACAGCAGAUUAUAUUUCCUUUUACCUCAAGCUCGAUGAAAUUGCAACCGAGGAUGUGAAGACGAUGUUCACUAUUAAUUUCGCCAAGGUGGCUGAGAAGCGACUGUCAUGGCCGUGGGCAUCCACAACUAGAUAUGUUUUUGGUGGUAAGCAAAUGUGGGGCUAUCCAAAGUUCAUCAAGAGGGAGGAUUUGGAGAAGUCGGAGCAUCUCAAGGACGAUUCUUUCACAAUCAGGUGUGACAUUGCCGUCAUCCAUGACAUCUGCACCAAACAGACCAGCGCUCCAAAGUUUGUCUUUGUGCCCCCACCCGAGCUGAAUCAGCACCUCGGUGAUCUCCUCAAGACUGAGAAGGGCGCUGACGUUGUGUUUGAGGUAGGCGGUGAGAGGAUUGCUGCACACCGGUGUGUGCCCGCGUCGCGAUCUCCAGUCUUCAGCGCGGAGCUCUUUGGCGUGAUGAAGGAGGGCGACACAGCCAGUGUCAUACACAUAGAUGACUUGGAGGCACAGGUUUUCAAGGAGUUGCUCUACUUCGCCUACACUGACUCAUUGCGAGAGGCAAAAGAAGAAGAGGAAGAUAUCAUGUGUCAGCAUCUGCUCGUUGCGGCGGACAGGUAUAACAUGGAGAGGCUAAAGCUUAUUUGUGAGGAAAAAUUAUGCAAGUACAUUGAUGCAGGCUCUGUUCCGACCAUUCUAGCACUUGCUGAGCAGUACCACUACAAUGGGUUGAAGAAGGCAUGCUUUGAUUUUCUCAGCUGCCCGGCACAUCGGAGGGCAGUCGUGGCCACUGAGGGCUUCCAAAAUUUGUGUAAGAGCUUCCCUUCUCUUGUGAUGGAGCUGAUUGCCAUGCCCUCGCCACCUUAGCUGAGUGUUGCCCCGUAUUUUAGCAAUGGUAGUUCAUGGUUUCUAGAUGGUUGAUAUCAACUAGAUCUCUUGUUUACCAAUGUGUACUGGUAUGUGGACUUUGUGACUUAUGUUAUCAGGCAGUUAUCUUGUCAUGUGACUGUAUUAAGUAAUCAUGAAUGACUCUGUUAUCAGGUUUGCUUUAUGGAUUCAAACCCCCAAGACAUGAUUGCU